GAGAACGUACAAACGUCUUACCAGCGCGUACACCUUACUGAGCAUGCGCAUUUUGAUCUACAGCCUUGGUAACGAAAGUGGACACUGCGCGAAAGUCGCGGGCUAUGACGCAAGCGUUAGGAAAUGCUCCAGUGUGGCCGAUGGGCUUAUGUGUGCUUUGCGGCCUACCAGCAGCGGGCAAAACAACUGCGGCGCGGGCGCUGAGAGAUUCGACGAAGCAGCACAAAGGUUGGUUUUGUGUUCACCUCCCCUACGACGAUCUCAUGCCUCCUGAAGCGUUCAGCCAAUCGGAGACGAGCUCAGGGCAAGAGGAACCACAAUCAUUGGCAUCUUACUGGAAAUUGUACCGACAUGAACUAUUGGCGUACCUCGAACACUUCCUGCAGGCUCUUAUUAAAGGAUGCCAUUAUUUGUCUCGUCCAAAAGGGACUGAAGUAACCUGGAAAAACUUUGUCUGCUGUUUGAAAGACCAAGGUUUAAUAUAUCUGGGACCAGAAGACACAGCAUCUUGUCAAUAUUUAAUCAAUAGUACCCCUCACAGACCAACAUAUUUUAUUCUGGAUGAUAACUUUUAUUAUCGAAGUAUGAGAUACGAAGUAUACCAGUUAGCUCGGAAAUAUUCACUGGGCUUCUGUCAGUUGUUUUUAGACUGCCAGCUUGAGGUUUGUCUACAGAGAAAUUUUCAGAGAAUGAAUCCAUUAUCUGAGGAAACCAUACAUGCAAUGGUGCAGAAACUUGAAGUCCCAAAUUCAGAAAAGUACACAUGGGAACAGAACAGCCUCAUUUUGAAGAGUACAGAAUAUACUUUGAAGGACAAUUCCCAGGUGUUCAGUUUGUUGUCUGCUGCUUUGGAAAACCCAGUGAAACAGUUUGAAGAAAAUACAGAACUCAAGGAAGUUGAUCGAGCUCUUUGUGCAGCCAGUUUCCUUCAUCAAGCUGACCAAGCUGUCAGGAGAAUUGUCUCUCAAACAAUGAUGAGCGCAAAAGAUAAUAAACUUAUCCCAAGUAAGAUGAAGAGCUUGGCACAGGAACUUAAUAAGCUGAAAGCGGAAUUCUUGGAAGAUUUAAAACAACAAUAUAAUGAGAAGAAACAAUGUCAUUCAGCAAGCAUACUUGCUAUAAACACAUCUUUAUUCUGCCAACAGGCAGGUGAUAUUGCUAAGAAGUACUUGUUAUGCCUAUAGCAGUGUGUCUGUGUGUUGCUGCCAUGAUCAGGAAGUACAAAACACAAGUGAUAAGCAUUUUGACAAGGACUCUUGUGCCAUAAUUCAAGUUUCCAUAUGUUGAUGUGUGUGAGAUUUAUUUGCUCUAAUUUGUGGAAUAAGCUCAGCUGCCUAGAAAAAUACUUAAAUGUGAUCUAGCACAUUCCUUGGCUGGUUGAAAUAUUUGGUGCUUCAACCAAAGAAGUAUGUUCCUUCCCUGUUUAAAUGACCCAAGAAGAGAAAAAAAAAAUUUGUGGAAACAAGUCUCAACUGAAUAGAACUCAUCUGCAGUGUGUCCAUGAAGGAAUUUAUGUUAGACUUUCUUAUUCAAAACUACUUGCCUUAAAUGUUUCUGAACCCAAGAUGUUUGUCUCAUACACAUACAUCAUGUGAACAUUUUCUGCUGCUUCUGAUUCUACUCAUUUGGUAAGUAUUUGCCAUUGUGCCUGUCUUAGGCCCUUUCCGCACUUGCAGAAUCCACUUUGAAGCUGCAUUUUACUGUGUAGAAUAGCAAAAUCCACUUUCAAACUAUUGUGAAAGUGGAUGGAAUGUGAAUUAUUCUGCAUGUGUGGAAGGGGCCUUAAUUAACAGGCAUUGCUAAAGAUCCAAACCCUCACUUCUGCAUGUGCCAUAGCCUUUUCCGUGACUGUUUUCCCCCUGCUGCUUCUACUCUUAAGAAAUCAGUGUCUUUCAGAGAGCCAAAAAUGUACCUGGUGCCAGAGAAAUAUGAUGCACCCAUGCAACAAAGUUCAGCAGAAGCAAUGCACAGGAUCAAGCUUGUACUUAUAAAGGGAAAAAUAAACAGUGCUGGAUUUUAAAAUGGCAACAACGUCAAAGAACAGAAGGUUCAUUAUAAGAUUACUGUAAUUUUGUGAAACAUCCUUCUUUGUACUGGUGUAUAAAACAAUACUGUAAAAACAUAAAUCAUAAAUUUUGUUCAUAAAUCUGGGUGACCAUUACCUCAUUACAUGGGUUCUCUACCUUA